AGCAGGUUCACACGCUACACGCGCGAGAAUAAUCAGAAAGUGCGGCUGUUUUUACGGCCAUAAAUAACUGUAUAUUAUUUGUUUAUACUGUACUAUGGGAAAAGAAAGUAUCUUGUUGCUGGUAAUUGGAUUUUCUUUUAUUGCGAGCGAACCGAUCUCUAACUCUACUGGAGCUCACUUUACAAGUAACUCCACUGAAGAAGUGGACUACAGUCAUAUUGAGUCCAAGUUCUCUAUCAGAAAUGCAGAAUUCCCUGACGAGGAUCUUUGCUCCCUGAUCCCAGGGAAACGAGAGUCCCUUUCCGACUGUCACUUCAAGACUGAUGUCCAAACCUUUUUGAUCAUCCAUGGAUGGUCGGUUGCCGGACUGUUUGAAAGCUGGAUCUAUAAACUUGUGACGGCUCUUUUCGAGCGUGAGCCUGAUGCUAAUGUCAUUGUGGUGGACUGGCUGGACCGGGCCAGUAAUCAUUACCCCACAUCAGCAGAAAACACCAGACUGGUGGGAGAGGAUGUGGCCAAGUUUGUCAACUGGUUGGAGGAGUUAAACUAUCCACUAGAGAAGGUGCAUCUUUUGGGCUACAGUCUUGGUGCACACGUGGCGGGCGUGGCAGGAAACCUCACAAACAACAAAAUUAACAGAAUUACAGGUCUGGACCCAGCAGGUCCCAGUUUUGAGAAUGCCGACAGUCUUCGGCGUUUGUCACCUGAUGAUGCCACUUUUGUCGAUGUCCUGCACACAAACACCAGAGGAUCACCGGACCUCAGCAUCGGGAUCCAGAAACCCGUGGGUCACGUGGACAUCUACCCAAACGGUGGAACCUUCCAACCGGGCUGCAGCAUUCAAAAUACAAUGAAGCUCAUUGCCACCUAUGGCAUCUACAACAUGGACCAGAUUGUCAAAUGCUCUCAUGAGCGCUCCGUGCACCUGUUCAUCGACUCGCUGGUGAACCGCGAACAUGAGAGUUUUGCGUUCCGCUGCAGCUCCAGAGACGCCUUCAACAAGGGCUUGUGCCUGAGCUGUCGCAAAAACCGCUGCAACAAACUGGGCUACAACGUCAACAAAAUCCGCUCCAGCCGGACCGCAAAGAUGUACCUCAAAACGCGGGACAUGAUGCCUUUCAAGGUUUUUCAUUACCAGAUGAAGGUGCAUGUGUUCAGCAGCACAAACAUGACUUUACUGGAGCAGCCAAUGAAAGUGUCUCUCUUUGGCACAACUGAUGAGAGAGAUGAUAUAACCAUCACUGUUCCCAUCAUGAUCACCAACAGCACCAUCUCAUUCCUGGUGACGUCAGAUAAGGACAUCGGUGAGCUGCUGAUGGUGAAGCUCCAGUGGGAGAAGGACUCGUAUCUCUACGGCUUCUUCAGUACCAAUGAGUUCAUGAUUCGCCGGAUGAGGAUUAAAUCAGGAGAAACGCAGGAAAAGGUGAUAUUUAAACCUAAAGAGGGUGAGUAUGGUUUGCUGACUCAGGGCGGAGACUCUGUUAUCUUUGUGAAAGCGAAUGAAAGCCCGCAGCACAGGAGAGAGCAGAGGCAGCACAGACUGAAGCAUCAUGGAAGUUUCUUCAAACAGGGUAUCAAUGAAGCAACUGCAGAUAUGACAAAAGACAAACUGAUAUUUGAAACGACAGCGAUCCCAGCAGAAGUCACUUCAAAGCCAAACACAAGUUCAUGAGAUCAUAGUUAAGCUCUGUGUGCUGGUGGUUUAGGGAAUUUUUAUGGUAUUUACUUACUUUAUGUGAAAAAUGUUUUGGUUGAAUUUCCUAAACCGGGCUUCUACAAAUGUCCAAGUUAUGAUUUUCAUUUAACUGUAUACAAGUAAUCUUUCAAAAUAAUGCAAAAUAUCUUCAUGGUCCUUUUGGCAUAUUUUAUUCGACAGUAUGUUUAUUAAUGGUCAAAACAUACAGCUGGACAUUAUUUAGGAAAACAUUAUUUAAUAUUAAUCCAAGUUGAUUUAGUAGUCUAGAGUUAAGAAUUUUAACUGAAUGAAACGUAUCAAGAUAAAAAUUGUGUCUGAACAGAAGUUGUAAUUUAAACUCAAAGGGCUAGUCUUAGAACUGUCCUAUCUGAUAAAAACUUGAACGGACAUAUCUUAAAAUACAUUAGUGCCUUUUGUUUUGUCUCAAAAUGCUCAAAAUGUAAUGUUUUUAGUGUGACAUGUUUGUUAAAAUCACCUAAAUUUCAUAAUUUAGCUAAGGUCUAGUCCUGGGUAAAAUGUAUCCAUGUCCGGGAAACCGGCACUAUAGAGUGAUAAAGUACAUUAGUUGUUUGUAUAAAUGAUAAUAUUUUAUUUUCUAGUGGUGCAUUUUCAAGAUUAUAGGCAGUGAACUUUAACCAGUGCAACCAGACAUAAAUAACAUAACAUUCCAAUCUGAUUUAGUUUUUCCCUUUUUUCUCUCUUAAAUUAUACAUGAAUUGUAAUAAAUUAUUGUUUUAGGUAAAUAUUGUGUUUUAAAAGAAGAACCAUUAGUUCCUACAGACAUUUGAUUAAUACAUCAUUUACAAAGUGCCUAAGUUUUUAUUUGAGCACAAAGUCAUUUGUAAAGUGCAAAUAAAAUGCUUCUGAAAAAUGAAGCUAACAAUU